AUGCAAACUGCCAAUCAACAAAAUAAUUCUUCAAUUACACCCUUAUCUGACCCUGGAAGUUCUUCUUCCUCCUCUUCCACCCAACAAAAUUUGUUAAAUGAAAAUAGCAAUAUUGGACAACAAAUUACUUAUCCCCCUCCACAAUUGCAAUAUUUAUUGGCUAAUUUGGCGGCUAGAAACCAGGCAGCUUCAAAUCCGUCUUUGGCUGCUAUUGUUGCUAAUAUGCAGUUAUCGAAUCUCUCUCCACCUCCCGAAUUUCGCCUACCACCAGCUUUCAAUUUUGCAACAGCAGUUCAGCAAUUAAUAAGAAAUGCUGUAGCAGCUGCUUCCAAUAAUCAAAUAAAUAAUUCUGGACUUUUGCUUAGACAACAAUCAAUUGGAAAUCCAAACAAUAUUGUUGGUUACCCUCAAAUCAAAGAAGAAAAUAGUUCAACGGGUACGGACAGUCCAGAAAGGCAUUUACAACACCCAGAACAUCAAAAUUUAUAUGGAGUAAAGGGGGAGGAUGAAGAAAAAUUUUUGGUUGAUCUUUCUAUUGUUAUGGAGGAAGAAGAUGUUGAGGAGGGGCAGGAAGAGAAUGAAAACAUUGAAAAAACCCAACAAUCAGAACAACAAAUUGAAAAUGUCAAAACAACCCAAAGACCUAUUCAACGCCGUCCACGUGUUGGAGGUUCUUCUGCUAAAACAGCUGAAGUUUGGCGGUUCUUUUCGGAAAGACCAAAUGGAGAAAAGGCUGCUACUUGCUCUAUUUGUCAGAAAACUAUUAAAGCUACAAAUAGCAGGCAAAUUAAUUAUUUUUCUAAAAAAAUAAAAGGCACAACCGGAAUGAUUCGACACCUGAAAAGUUGUCAUGUUGCAGAACACAAAAUAUAUGAACAUGCAAAAUAUCUUAAAGCUCUUAAAAAUAUAGCCGACGACUCUGUCCGUGAACAAUUAUUGCGAGAAUCUGGGGUUCUCAGAGCUAAUAAUCCUCACUUAAAUUUAAACGAGGGGGGAGAAGAAAAUGGGGGAAAUUCUGGUUUUAAUUCUGGUUUUAUCCAAACAUCAGAAUUUUCUCAACAACAACAACAAACAUUUAAUAAUUUACAACAACAACAACAACAAAACUUUGUUUUGUUUCCAAAACAACAUUCUGUUGACAAUUUAAUUACAACACAACAACAACAACAUGUUUCCCCAACAAAUGUUGUUCAAACAAAUGUUUCGACAACAAAUGUUUCUUCUUCCCCAUAUUCUCCAAACAUUUCUUCUUCUAUUAAAAGCAACAAUAGUAGUGGAAUAGGGAGUAGUUUGUGCACGUCUUCUGAUUGUUGUAAUAGUAGCUCUAUUAAUGUUGAUACGAGUUCGUUUUCGUCUUUCUCUUCUCCUUCUGAUGGAGGAGAGUCUUCGGCAUUUAAUCAUGUUGGAGGGAUAGUUAAUUCUACUCCAAACGAACAACAACAAUCAUUAUCUACAGCUCUAUUAGUAGCUAUACUUCAAAAAUCUCAACAACAAACACAACAAAAUAACCAGCAACAAAACCUUCAAGAUCGACUAAACCAAUUUCUUUCAAUCCCUCCAAAAAAGGCAAAAAGAGGGAAAAUAAAUGGAGGGACAGCUUCAGUCCAAUCAAGCAGUGAUUUGGGGGGCUUUUCUUCAAUUCAAUCUACUCCUUUUCUAAGCAAUACAAUUAAAAGAAAGGGGGCUCAUGUGGAUGAUAUUGUUUAUAAGCUUUCCAGCAAGGCUGCAGCUUCUUUACCUGCUGAACUUAAAAAAGAGAGUGAAGAAAUGAGUGAAUAUAGUAGUACUAUAACAACCAAAAAAGCUGAGAAAAAGAAGAAGCAAAAAAGAGUGUUUGUGAGUGUUCAAACACAGACUGAUGAUGUUUUUGAAAUUGAAAGGAACGAGAAACAAAAUUCUGAUUUUAAAGGGAAUGAAGAGGAAGUGAAUGGAGGGAAUAAGGAAUAAAUAAAGGGAGGGAGGAGUGUGUUGGUUAAAAUAAUUAUUUUUGAAUUUUUUAAAAUUAAUGAAUGGAUUUUUUUACUAAGUGGUCAACUCUUGUAAAUAAUGGAAACGAAAAAAAUUUUUUAAAAGAAAUUUCUCAAAAUUUUCAGAAAAAAUUUUCUUGACUGACAUGAGGAGGAGUCUAUUAUAGACGAGGUUUCAUUAUAUAUGGGAGUUGGCUCUGUUAGUAUAUAUUUUUUAAACGUUAUCAUUUAUCACGUUAACUGAAAAAUUUUUGUUCUAUUUAUGUAUGCUUUAUGUAUUUUAUUGAAUUCCGAGUUAAUGUAUUUUAUAUAAAUAAGCGUGUCGCCUGAUUUUCCAAUGUUUUUAUACUUAAUGUAGGUAUGACUGAAUUUAAUUUCUGAUUUUUGUUUUGAAAAUUCUGAUUUUUGUGUUUUUAUUCUGAUUUUUUGUAUU